AUGACCGGCCGGCUCUUUCUGUGGGCAGUUCUCCUGCAAAACGUUGCCGUCCAGGCCCUUCAUCAUCAUGAUGCGAUGCGAGCGAAGCUGGAUCUCAUAAAAAGAACUAUGGACACAAGAGCUGAUCCUUGCAACGAUUUCUACACUUAUGCUGCCGGAAAUCCCACAUAUAAUUAUGAUGAUCGUAACGGAACGAGACAUCUAAUGGAAUCAAACAUUGGAGAUGAGGUACUCAUUAUUAUGACGAAACGCUUUUUGAUCUUGACUUACAGGGGAAGUACCCCAAGUGCGACGCUCAGAUUUUGAUGAAACUUGGCACAAAUUUAGAAUAAUUUUUUCUAAGAUAUAUGCGAGAAUCCUAGCUCGCGCUUUGCAGAAACAACCAAGAUUUUAAGAUCGAAAGUCGGCGAAAAUUUAUGACUUUUUGCCGAAUUUCAGCACGAAAAGUUUCAUGUUUAUUUCUACCGUAAAAGAUAAUUUUUCUACAAAAAGUCAAAUUUUUCCGCGCGAAACUGCCAAAGUUAUGGCCAAAAAGCGUUUUUCUCUCUGACCGCUCUCCACGUUUAGCGUGCUCUCUCGGCAGCCUAAAUCGUCCGAUAUCUCUGCGGCGCCUGCAAAGCGCGAGCUAAAACUUUCAGGAAUUGAUAUUUAGUCUAUUCCCGACGUGUGUGCAAAAUUUAAAGAAAAUCUGAGCGUCGCACUUGGGGUACUUCCCUUGUUAGUUCUUUUUUUUUGUCUUUACGCUCAUUUUUUUCUAUUUCAGAUCCGAAACGUCAAGGAAGUUAAGAAGUUGUUCGCAGACUGCGUGAAGAAUCCCGCCGUGAUGGACGAACCGGGACGUACAAAUAUAUACAAUUGGAUUGUGAUGUCUUUCAAAACGAAAGGUUUAACUUUCCCAUUGAAGAACGAAGUUGUCGCCAAUGACGACGUCCGUUUUACCAACCUGGUCUUGGAAAUGUACACCUAUCUGUUUGAAACGGGAGCCCCGAUUUUUAAUUCAUGGGCUUUCGGUGCUUCAAAGGGGAAAUUAGUUUUGACGAUUCCACCAAAGGUCGACCAAGGAAAAGCUUGGUAAGUUAUUUGUGCAUCAUAUGAACAUAUCAGUUCGUCGGGAAAAUAAUGUGGAUUAAUCGAGCCUUGAAAGCGCCCUUCAUCGCUUUUAUUGCCAGAUUGAGACGACGAGGUGAGAAUUUCACUGCGAUAAAUCCAUAUUAUUUUCCCGAAAGACUGGUAUAUGUUGGUGGCGAGUGAUUAAUACUGUGGACCGGGGUUGAUUGAAUACAUAAUAAUCUUCAGGCAGAACUAUUGCCGUGUCGUUGGAGGAUGUGCAAAUCGGGUCUCCUACGACCGGAAUUACAUGGCGAAAGGCUACGAACGGGCAGAUCAUCUAAAAGGCCGCUUCAAAAUUGAAAAAAAGUUCCAUCGUAUAAGAUGUCACACCUUAUUUUUUUUCAAUUUGAAAAAAAAUUUCGUUGCGUAAGAUAUCACACCUCGUUUUUUCAAUUUGGAAAAAAAAAUUCCAUCGUAUAAACAUGUCACACCUCGUUUUUUCAAUGUUCAAAAUGGGGGAGUGUUCAAAAAAGGGGGAGAGUUCAGCCUUUUUUGGGGUAGAGUUGAAAAAGGGGUAGAGUUCAGAUUGGGGGAAAGUUCAGAAAAGGGGGAGAGUUCAGGCUCAACCGACUUUUUUCAGCCCAGCCAGUCUGCUCAUCGUGCCAACUUUCUGAAUCAUCUAAUGGAGUAUUUAACCGAUCAAACUCUCCAAACGCGAAAGUUUCCCCACUGUGAAGAAUACAUUCGAGAGGCGUUUCCCUUUCAAGUUUCCAAAAUUGCCUACGAAGCGGAGAUGCAAGACAAGGAGCGAUUUGAUCAGCUGAAAGCAAAAUUCGUCGAGGAAGGAAGAACGAUUAAGAAAACGGCCGAACGUAUGCUGCAAAACGCAAACUUCAAGCGGAAUCGGACCCGACAGAUUUAUCUGGACAGAUUGGCGGAGAUUGAGUUCCACUUUUUGGAUCAGCCAAUUCUGUUGGGAGAUGAGCUGAAUGCAGUGGAUGUGCGGCUUUGGGAUGCGCCGUUUUUGAGGAGAUUUAAGAAUGGAAUAGCCCAUAUCUUCAAGCUCAACGCGGUGAUAAAGCUGAAGAAUUUUGUCCUCCCAGAGUACAAGGUAGGUCUAUUCGCAAUAGGAAGUAACACGUCAAUCCAGCGCAUUUCCUGAACCGUUUCGAAGCUUCGUAUUGUUCCAGUAUUCCAACAGAAUACUUUUUUCGGUUACCUCCGAGCCUUGAAUUGGCACUCUUUUUUAGCUAGCCCUGGUGCUUCGUAUUCCUUCUGAGACCUUGUUCAAGGCUACAAAAAUACAAUCGCAAUCCUUUUUGAGCAACAUUAGUUCAAAGCCGUUUUUUCUAACUAUUAAUAUGGGAUAGGAAAAACAGUAUGGCUUUCUAUUUUUUCAGGAAUAAAAUUUUGAUAUUUUAUUUUCAGUCUAUUAUACAUACGGACGACCAGAAAAUUUACUUUUUCUUUGGCGUUGUUGACUUUCCAGACUACGAUGUUGACUUUCCCGCGUCUCUCGAUUUCUCCGGAACAGGGUUUUUGAUGGCCAAGACAUUAAGCGAGACCUUUGGCAAGUGAUGAAAUUUACCUUAAAAAUAGUUUCCCGUUUUUUAGGAAUUGCAUUUCUGGAAAGUGACAAGGACCCGGACAAGGAGCAUCGUGCUCGGUGGGACUGUAUUACAAAGCUCUACCGUCAACAAUGUGAUCCACGAGGAGUGGACUGGUGUGUCCAUACGCAAGUGGCGGUCCAUGUUGGUGAGUACUAGCCGCAUUACGGCAGGACUAGAUAAAAAUUCCUGGGGGCCUGUUUUCCCUGGAAGUUAACCGAAGCAGCUGGGGCGCUAAAACAAGUCGUGAAAGUUUGCAUAAUUGAGCUGCCGAUGAUUUUUCUUUUUGAACCGUUCUUGAGCAACUUUACGUUUUUCCAUUUUCAUUCUGCAGCUGCGGAAAAAAGAGAAAUUUUUGCUUCGACCACACGCCUCAAAACAAGCGUCCACACGUUUUAGACUUACAUUAAUGUCAUUUUAGGUAUUCGUCUGGCCUAUUCUUCCUACUUCGCCCUUGGAAAUCUCUCGGAGCCCCGAUUAAUUCCACAGUUCUCUAACAAACAACUUUUUUUCAUCAACUUAGCCCAGACAAUGGGGGCUUGGACAAUGUAUCAUCGUCUGCCAGCUCCAGUCCGUGUUUGGGGAGGCAUUUCCAAUUUUAAAGGAUUUGCCGAGGCUUUUGGGUGCCCUGUUGGUUCGAAAUACAACCCUCCAGUGGAGAAAAGAUGCAAUAUCUUUGACUUUGACAUCGAUAGCCCAAGUUUCACGACGACGACCACGACCACCACAACUACAACGACCACUACAACAACUACUACAACGACUGCACCAACUUCCACUGCUGUAACUGACGCAACUCCUCAUGCCAGUACAAACACCCCACCGGAAGCUGAACGAACUACUCCCUCUGAGCCAAGAACUACUCCCUCUAAGCCAAGGACUACUCCCUCUCCGCCUUCGCCGGACCCAGACGGUAACCACACCGAAUAUGGAGAAGCUGCCUCCAAAAAAUCGAUUCUAUUGUCUCCGCCGUAUUUCUCAUAUCUCCUUUUGGGAUUUGCCCAUGUUAUGAUCCAAUAA